CGCAGCACCUUACUCUAAACCAGUAAUCAUAAAGAGCUCACUUUUUUUGAAAAGUUAGCAAUGGGCCACACACUGUAAUCCAAAGAAGUAUAAUUCAUAUGUAUGCAGACCUCUUUCUGUUGUUGAGCUUCGAAGAUUACAGGUGUUGUUUGACUUUGCCCCUUAUCAGGCUGAUUGAAAUCAAUUUUAGCGACCAUCAGAGAAAGUUUCCUAAAAUGAAUACGUCAAUAGCAUUUCACACCAUCCAUUAGCACCGGAUUGUCAUGGGACCGCAGUCUAGUAAAUGCUGGAAAAGGUGUAACAUUCCAGGACCGUACUCCCUCCUGUCAUUUUGUGUUUCCAGCUAAUAGAUAUGUUUGGAAAACCUGCAUGAUCUCAAAUAACAGCAUUAGUGAACCAAAAUACCACAAUGAGCCCCGAGCCAGCUUUGCAGAAUAUCUCCCGAGAGCCCAACAGAUCCCUCCUUCUUGUGGAUUUAAUGGUAUAUUUGCUGGGAGCAACUAGACUUGAAAUGGCCAAAUGCCAGGAAAUGUUUCAAGAAAGACAAAGGGUGUGGUGUGUGGCACCGACUGGAGCAGACAGGCGACAAAGGAACAAGAUGAGGCAGGUUUGCUUCUCCGGAGCUUUGAGGGUUCGCCCUUCCCGCCAUGGCAACGAUUGUCUCGGAAAAGCUGGGCCACCUUUUCCUCAACAUCCAGCACUUCUGGAAGGUUCCUCGGCUCCUGGAGGAGGCGCUCCCCUCUUCCGCCUGCACCGUGGGGGCGUCGGACGUGCCCCGGGUUUUCCAGAAGCCUUAUAUCCACGCCGGCUACCGGCCCCUUCACCGGACCUGGAGGUAUUACUUCCUGUCGCUCUUCCAGCGGCACAACGAGGCCAUCAACGUCUGGACGCACCUGGUGGCCGCCCUGGUGUUGGUGGUGAGGUUCUGGCGGCUCUCCCAGGCCGUGGACUUCUGGGGCGACCCCCACACCCAGCCCCUCUUCGUCAUCGCCACCUCGUCCAUCGUCUACUCCUCGUUCAGCAGCCUGGCGCACCUCUUGCAGGCCAAGUCCGAGUUUUGGCACUGCGCCUUCUUCUUCCUGGACUACGUGGGCGUGGCCACCUACCAGUACAGCAGCGCCCUGGUCCACUACUAUUACGCCAUCGAGCCCGAGUGGCACGCACGGAUUGCUGGCUUCUACAUCCCGGGCGCGGUGUUGCUGGCCUGGCUCUCCUGUGCCGGCUCCUGUUACGCUAAAUACCGGUGCCCGCACCUCUCUUCUGUCGUGGGCCGGCUUUGCCAGGAGAUGCCCUCGGCCGUGGCGUACGCCUUGGAUAUCAGCCCCGUGCUCCACCGCAUUUAUGCCUCUUCUUCCUCUCCUCCUCCUGCCGGACCGGUGGACGUGGCUCUCUUGUAUCAUAAGUGCCACGUCUCCUUCUUCCUCAUCGGGGCCUUCUUUUUCGCCUACCCCUACCCCGAGAAAUGGUUUCCGGGCAAGUGCCAUUUCGUCGGCCAGGGGCACCAGAUCUUCCACGUCUUCCUGAUCCUUUGCACCCUCACCCAGGUGGAGGCGGUUCUGUUGGAUUAUGAGACGCGGCGGCCCGUCUACGCCCGGCUGCACGGCGGCCUGGCCCCUCUUUUCUCCUCCCUGUGCCUUCUGGUGGUGUCUUGCUGCAGCCUCACCGCACUCUACAUGACGGCCAAAGUGAAGCGCAAGCUGCGCCAGAAGCAGGAGUGAGGCGGGUUCCUUUGCUGGCGAGGGAGGGUGGACUAGAUGACCUUCCACACCCCUUCCAACUCUACAGCUGUGCGAUUCUAUGGUUCUGUGGUGCAAGGUGGGUGGGUGGCAACCAGCCGCUGAUGUCUGAGAUGUCCUCAUCCUGGACAUAUCAGGGCCCCCAUCAUUUAGGAAAUUACAUGUUUUGCUUUACACAGCUGGCUCUCUUCUUGUGAGCCUUCCUUCUGGCAGAGCAGCUGUGGGAUUAGAUCAAAAAUUCCAUCAGAGAAGAAGUGGCAUGCACACAUCUCUCUCUUGUGGGGAAAACUGGACCCUUGGAUAUAAUAGGAAUGGUAUUUUACGGGAAGCAAUUUUGUCUUGCAGGGAAAAGAUGUAAUUCACACACUGCCCCAAUACCUAAAUAACCUCCCUUGCUGGCCUUCUACAUCAGGGGUGAACAGAUUUCAGGUUUGUGAAAUCUUUUUUUUUUAAUUAGGGUCUCAUGAUUCACCAGCUGGCGCCUGGUGCAAAAAGGCAUCACUUAGGUUCAAAUUAGAUGACCCAUGUAGCAUGUUUUUAGAAGAGGUGCUCUUGCAAAUGAUGAAACUUGUCUGAUUGUUUGCUCUUACUCACCUAUGCAUCUUGCAUUAAGUGUGCUUUGUUUUGAGGCUGGUUAUUGGAAUGCAAACAGCGGCAGACAUGGCAAGUCUGGUUGCUGAGGCACAUCUCUCUGAGGAACACCACUGCCUGAGAGAAAAAUACAUGGGUUAAAAGAAUAUGCAUUCUCUUUAAUGUCCAGUUUGACCCUUAGAAUUCAAGAUUUCUUAGCGCAAAUUUUUGUGCUAAGGAGCUAAACUGAAUGGCGCUCCCAUGGUUCAGAAACGAAAAUUAGCUCUCAGUUACUCAAAGGGUCCUUCCCUUUUGGUAGUUUAAUUUAGGAAACGUAAGCCACCUUUUUUGUGGUUAUUUUAAAAAUGAAAUUGGAGUUAGAAAUCCUUGAAAAUCUACUGCCAGCAGAUCCUCAACAGAGAUUUUAUCGUAUCAGUUACUUAACUAAGGCGAGCACUUCAAGUAUGUUUGGCCCAGAAAUCAGAAAGGCACUUUGGUUGAAUGAAAGGGACCCAGAAUCCCCCAGGUCACAGUGGCUUCAGAAUUGUGGCAAAUCCAGGGAUUUUCCCCUGGACAAAUGCUGACCCCGCUCAGUGCUCACACACAGCCCCUUCGGUGCUCCUCUGUCAUGUCUGAAUAUAUUAUAGGCCUUUGAUUCUGUAGUCCUCUAAUCAAUGCCCUCCUUCUGGCUCAUCAAAGCCGACAGAAGGAGCCUUGCGAGAAAGGGUCAAGGUGGAGGACCUUUACAUCUUGCCCUUUUCUUUUUCUUUGGCUGAGAGGGUCUUUGUGCAAGAGAAUAUUCCGUCUUCUCUUGGGACCCCUGCUUACCCUGUUGGUUUGUGUGUGGCAACGGUAAAGUGGCCCUGCAGGAAACCGCCAAGUGGACUUGCCUUAAGGAGUUUGCAGGGAGGGGUGGGGUGGGGCUCCUUGGUUAUCGCUGAGUUGAAGUGUUUGCUCGAGUUGUACUGUUUGCUCCUAGGAGAGAAUAGUUUGAGCCAAGGUCACAGGUCCAAGGAUAACUGGGGACAGACAAUCUUCAAGGGCUGGCUGUUUUUAAUAAAGCAAAAUAAAGACACAGCCAGAUCCGAGGGCCGUUGCACCCAGCAGUCUUUCUUCCAGCGGGGGAUACGGGGAGCGGUCUUAGAUCGGGUUGAGCACAAGUUUUAUCCGGCUAGCCCGGAAACGUCUGUUUUGAGCCACAGCUUAGAAACUUUGCUGUUAUGGAUUUCAAACACCCCCAGAAUUCUCUAGCCAGAGGGUUUGGAGCCUUCUGGGAGUUGCAGUCCCCAAAAACCGAACGUUCCCAAGCUCUCUGAUUCUGAUUCGUGACACCUCUCCGGAGUCCUGGGCCAAAAGUUGAGCUCGGCUCCUGCUCUGUGGUUGUUGCUUAACUAGUGAUACCAAGACAUGAGUUGUGGAUCUUCUUCCUGCAGAACGUGGUGCUCAGCCACUAAGCUCCGGUCCGUCCCCAGUCUACUGCCACCACCAAACAGAUCGGUUGGAGAUGGCGGUUCUCUCACGAUCCUCCCUGGUUUCGCAGAGGUGUCACUUAUUCACUUGUUCCUCUGCAAGUAUAUCUUGAUUCUGUUCAAAACCUGUUGAAAGCUCACCUCUGCUUGUGGGUAUCUCGGCACCUUGUGCUGGUGAAUGGCAGGUUGUUUGUACGAUGCAGUGGCAGAUAUGUUGAGAGUGUUCCACCCCUGUAUUUCAUCCCCCGGUGGCUUGGAGUUGUAAGCUAAAUAAAAACUCCAGUGGACCACAGAUGCCCAGAUGCUCUUGAUUUAGAGGCAUUAAAGAAGGUUUUGCUUUGGCAUCAGCACCCAAAUGGUUGAUACAGUUUACUGCCAAGGAAAAGGAUCGCAGCCUUAAAAAGUGUAGAUUACAUGUAUUAAUUCUUCAAAGAUGGGUUGAAGUUAAAAAUAAUCUAAGUCAGUGUGUAAGUACUCUUGAAAGGCCCCUGGCAUAUGACGUGAUGUGUUCGAUUCAUAUUGGGUUGUUGUGUUCCCAUUGAAUCCGUUGGGACGUAGGCUAGGACCAGUGAAGACAUCUUGUUGAUUUCUGUGGGAUUCCAGGGCGACGAACACAGAUGGCAUCCAAUUCACUCGCAGAACCCUGCCGUGAAAUCAAGCGUGCAUAAUAGUGCAGUUAUUGCAAUUUGCCAGCUGCCAGAUGUGCACCAGGUUGCACAAAGGGGUCAAAUUGCACAACUAUGCAAAUUGCACAACUAUAGGGCAUGCAGCAAAGGGCGGUGGGGUGCGCAACAGAGAGCCAGCAAGCUGUCUCAGGGGUCCUUUGGAGCAGACUAGUGCAGGCUACAUAGGGUCUCUAAGGGUCAAAUAGAGAUCCUGUUUCUUUGCAUCCUACGUGGCAUCCACACCUUAAGCAACCCUAUUUGGUCUGCCUCCUUUAAGAAAGUAAAGAAAAGAAAAGCUAUAAAGAAAGGGGGGGAAUCCCACUCUUUAGCCUGCCUCUCCUGUCUCCACUGUAGAAGAUGCAGCAUCAUCAGCACUGCCCUAAUUGGCUUUUAAAAUACUUUUGGUUUUGCCUCCUCCCUCUGCUCUCAGAACAGAGGAAGGAAGUUAUUAAAUUUCCCAGAUAUUCCCUAUCAUUAAGUGGCUAAGCUGCCUGCUUAAUCACUAAUGAUAUGGGGAAAUUGGAACCACCUGGGAAAUGGAAGCUUGCUUUGGUUUGGUCCCAUCAACUGCAUGUGCUGGAAAUGUACCAAAAUGAAGCAAAGCUACCUGCAACUGACAGGGGCUCAGAAAAGUCCAGGCAGGGACACUGCGGUGGUGGGCUGGUUUGCUCUAGGAAAUACGUCAUCUGAUCACUGGCGAAAUGAACAAACCAGCCCAUCCUUGCAGCAGGACAGAUGCCCAUAACAUAGUAGGGUUCUGAAAGCUCAGAAAAGGUGCAAGCGUCACAAUCCCCUCUUGGGAUUGUUCCACCUCCAAAUGCCGAUAAGGAAUUCCUCCUGCUACUGCUGCUUUUCGAAAUCAUCUUUGAAAUUCUAUCGUAAAGCUAGAUUUCUGUAGAGUAGCUUUCCUCAAUCCAGAUACGUUCCAGACACAUCGGACAUGGCUUGGGUGGGAAUGAGGGCAGUUCGAAAUCCAACAUACCUAGAAGGCACACACGGAGCCAAGCCUGGCAUUUUAAAAAGCCUUGAUACAUCAGUGCGCACAAGUUGUAGCCACUGUUCACACACAGAGCACUUAGGGAAUAUUAUAUAACUAAUAUCCUGAAACGGCCAUAUUGAUUAUGAGAGAAUUUCCAAUUAAAAUAUGAAACGGAUGCCGUCAGGGAGAAAAGAUGUUUUCUUUCUGAUGUGACAGCUUCCCACAGGCAGUGAUUUUUAAUGCCAAGCAUUAAAAUGAAUGCAUACCCAUACAGAAAUGGUAAAGUGGUAUUAAUUUCAAGAAGGCUGUUCCAGGUUGCAUUUUGGAAUAUGUGAGAUUUAAUCCAACUGGUAGUGGUGCAGUUGAAUUUGUAAAGUUAAAUCUCAGAGCUUUACAAGCUUUUACAGAAAGAAAACUGGAAAAAAAAAUAUGCCAGAUUUUUGUGUAUUUCUCCCUGCUACUGUCUUGUAUUUUAUACAUUUUAAUGGGCCUGAUGCCGUCACUUGUUUCUAUAAAAUACUUUUCACAUGUU